GAAAAGCAAAAAUUCCCAGCUUUCUUGGUUUCUUCCACCACUUUCUCUUUGUCUCCGUUCUCUUCACUCUUUCUCUUCCAUUUUUCCUGAGAAAAUAAUCCCAGAAUGAAGAGAAAAGGGACCACACUGUACAUACAUGUUACAUAAUACACCAUAAAAUUAAUACGCAUGAUAAUUGUGUUGAAAAAGAUACAGAGAUGUGGGUCUUCUAUUUGAUCUCCUUGCCUCUAACAACAGGGAUGGCGGUUCUUACCCUGAAAUAUUUUGCGGGUCCGGAUGUUCCCACGUACGUACUCUUCACCGUCGGAUACACCUGGUCCUGUUCUCUCUCCAUCAUCUUUCUCGUCCCGCCUGAUAUUUGGAUGACAAUGACUGGUGAAUCUGGUGGAGGAAUGUCUUUCUUCUGGAACUUGUCAUACUGGAGUACAUUUUUGCUCACUUGGGCUGUGGUGCCCACUAUUCAGGGUCAUGAAGAUGCUGGAGAUUUCACCAUGACUGAAAGAUUGAGGACUAGCAUACACGGAAACUUAGUCUUCUACCUUUGUAUUGGUUCUCUUGGACUGCUUGGACUCAUUCUACUAAUUAUUUUUAGAAAAAAUUGGAGUGGGGGUAUUCUUGGUCUUGCCAUGGCAUGCUCAAGUACUUUUGGACUUGUUACAGGUGCAUUUCUACUUGGAUUUGGUUUGAGUGAAAUCCCAAAGAGCAUUUGGAAGAAGUCAGAUUGGACCAUUUGCCAAAAGCUUCUCUCACACAAAGUUUCUAAAAUGGCUCUUAAACUUGAUGAUGCUCAUAAAAAAUUUUCAAAUGCUAUUGUAGUAGCUCAGGCAACAUCAAAUCAGAUCUCCAAGCGUGAUCCUUUGAGACCAUACAUGGAUAUUAUUGAUAACAUGUUGCUUCAAAUGUCAAAAGAAGAUCCCUCUUUCAAACCACAAGGGGGAAGAUUAGGGGAAAAUGAUAUGGACUAUGACACUGAUGUGAAAACUAUGGCAACGCUUAGACGUCAGCUUAGGAUAGCUAGAGAAGAGUAUUACCGAUACAAAAGUGAAUAUAUGAAUUUUGUCUUGGAAGCCCUGGAGCUUGAAGACACUAUCAAAAACUAUGAGCGCAGGGAAGCAACAGGAUGGAAAUAUGUUUCAAGCUUCAGGCCUGAACGAGCUGGCACAUUUGGGGCCUUUCUUGACUUUCUUGAGUUCUUUUGGCGGUGUAUGCUAAGAAAGGAGCUCGAGAAAGUGUCGGCUAUCAUCUUGGGUUGCAUGUCAGUUGCAAUUCUUUUAGCAGAAGCUACUAUACUGCCCAGUGGAGUUAAUUUAUCUCUGGUCUCUAUUCUCAUAAACUCUGUAAGAAAGAAGGAAAUUCUUGUGCAGGUAGCUUCCUUCAUCCCUCUGAUGUACAUGUGUGUCUGCACAUAUUAUUCAUUAUUCAAAAUUGGAAUGCUGAUGUUUUACUCACUGACACCAAGACAAACAAGCUCAGUCAGCUUGCUUAUGAUAUGCUCGAUGGUUGCUCGGUAUGCUCCUCCAAUUUCAUACAACUUCCUCAAUCUCAUACGCCUUGAUGGGAAUAAAAAAACAUACUUUGAGAAGAGAAUGGGGAAUAUUGAUGAUGCUGUACCUUUCUUUGGAAAAGGAUUCAAUAAGAUCUAUCCCGUCAUCAUGGUUAUAUAUACCAUCCUACUUGCAACAAACUUCUUUGACCGUAUCAUUGAUUACUUUGGAAACUGGAAGAUAUUCAAUUUGCAAAAUGAAGAAGCAGAAGACACAAAUGGAUUUGAUCCAUCAGGACUAAUUAUCUUACAGAAGGAACGCUCAGGGCUUGAGCAAGGACAUAAAGUUGGGGCGCAUGUCAUUCCAUUGGCCAGGAAUUUCAACAAUAUGAGGGUUGAUGUUGAGUUUGGCAGCAAGAGCCUAGAUAAGGCUGCUACUGAAAUGAGAGUCCACAAUGCGGUUGAAAGUGAGAAGAAAGGUCAGUUUAAAUCCUUGAAAGAAGAGGCUCAAACUGACACAAGAAGAGAAACUAUCAGCAAGAAGCACACUGCCAUGAGAGAAAACAACAGAAAGCAACCAUCUGAUAAUUAUUCAAAUCUCAAGGACAUCACAUCCUCCAUGGUAGAUUCAGGCACCUUGCAAAGUGAAAUAACUAGACCAUCAUCAGGAUUAGUCUCAAAAUGGGAAUCAAUGAAGUCUGGUUUUCAGAAUUUCACCUCUAACCUUGGGGCGAGAAGAUUCCUUCCUCUAGGGCAAAGCCAAGAGAACAAAGAUUCUUCCAGUGUUUCCUCAUCCGAAUCCCUUGAUGAAAUCUUCCAGAGAUUGAAACGUCCAACUCUGGACCAUAGAGAUUUUGGUGAUGAUGAAGAUCUAUGACCAUGAUGCUGACGCCUGUGAGUUGAGCCAUUUAGACAAACCAUAGCUGUAUGCAGAAUAGACAAAGUAGAAGGCUUCUUGAUUUCUUCACUUCUACUUCUAUUGUGUUUGCUCUCCUCAACUCAAUAUGUGUUCAUCUGUGUGCACUAUGGUGCACAUUGUACCAAAUAAUCCAUAAAUGUGCACGGAAGGUCUGAUGAUUCAAUUGGAGGUUUCAUAUUUUCGUUUUUGAAAAUGAUUGACAAACAAUUUUUUCAUAAUAAUUGAUUUACUCCUUU